UGGAGGAAAACUUGUCUGGUUUGCCAAGCGGCAUUGUGUAGAUGCUGGGGCGAAGUUCUGACCGUUUUAUUGGAGCGAAAAGCGUCGCAUUUGAUCCUAACAUGACUGAAACGAACAUGCUGGUUCUUCAAGCAUGUAACAUGCAGCACGUUUGCCUCCGAGAGCGAUAAAGGAGGGGAAGUGUUGGACAAUAGCGCAGCGAGGUGUGUUUCCGUGUCAGGGUUCCAGGAGGAGGAUUCCCGCAACACACAACUUCUGACGCGUCCUCUCUUUCCCAUUCCGACACUGUCAUGCUUCACCGCAUCCAGACAUCAGUUUAAAGAUCUACACGCCGCGCCACGCGGUCAUUCUGGCGGGGAUGAGUUAGAGAAGAAGUCUUUCCACGCUUUAAAUGUGCGCUCGGUAAAAGGGCACACUGUCUCGUGUUGAUCUCGGCGUCACAGCUCCAGCUUCGCAGCGCCUCGGAAAAAACCUGUGAAGCGAUUUGCAUAAGGACUUCCGCCCCUGCCUUUCACUUCUGCAUCGACUGGCUGGAGGAGGUGACACGAUGCCACACGAGCUGACACGCAAGCUUGCUGAUCCGUGCAAGAUGUGUCCUAGGAGCCCGUGAUUAUUAUUCGGAUCUGUUCGGUUUGGAUUUGCAUGGACUCCGAGGACGGGAUGUGACAGUGUAACUCCUGGAGGCGGAUCUUCUUGACACUGUGUGUUCAGUUCGUCAUGCUGAAGGGACUACACAUGAUGUUCGCCUCCUCUCUGUGGAACUAUAGACAUUAUUCUGUUUGACUCCACGCACUGGAUACAUAUUAAUUACCCGGCUUUGAUUUGGGGAGGGAGGGAUUGUAGCCUCUUUCUUUCUUUCUUUCUUUCUUUCUUUCUGUCUUUCUUUCUUUUUCUCUCUCUCUCACCUGGUUGGAAGGGAUGUUCCUCCUCAGUUCACACUGUUGUCUUUGGGUCUUUUGGACAUGGCUUAGGAAGUAACUGAGGUGUUAGUAAAGAGACCGGCUUUUUGUUGUUGUUGUUGUUGUUGUUGUUUUUAAAUCAAACUAGCACAUAAACCUCUAAUCCGGCUAGUCAUUAAUGUGGUGAUUUGUUUCAGUCAGCCUGGCGCAGGCAGUAUGAACCAUUUCUGACGGAGGUCGGUAUUUUUAAAAAUCUUCUUUUAAUGUUUUUUUUUAAAAUAGCCUAGACUUGUAUGAAACAGAGACAUAAUUACUUCAAGUAGAAGUCGCUGAGAGAUAUACUGUGCGUUAGCGUGUAAUAUUAUAUGCGCUGGUAUUCUGACUACUCUUGCGUUUGGCCUUACUGUCUGCUGAAUUAAGGCUACACUUUCCCUGACACUUUGGACGGCCACGCUGGCUUCAUUUUUAAACAUUUUUAUUUUUUGGUGCUUUUUCCAGAAAAUUCACUUGUGUUUUUUUUUUUUGAGAGAGAGAGACUGAGAGAGAGUGAGAGAGAGGGAGAGGGAGAGAGAGAGAGAGAGAGUGAGUGUCCUUUCCUGCCGUGGGAGGAAUUGAAAGCUUGUCGUCCAUCAUGUCUCACUUGUCUGGGUUAGCGCUCGCUUUGCUACGUGGACUCCUCAUCUGUGCUCUUGUGGGAUUAGAGCUGUGCUUUUCAGGAGCUCUGGUUACUCCGGACACCACCAUUGUGUCAACUCCAGCCUCUCUGGCAUUUGAGCAACGUCAUCCCCUUCAGAGCGGCUCGGCUUUCUCUUGUCAAGCAGCAGUUGAAGUGGAGGUGCCUCAGAAGCCAGAUCCGUGCCUGACUGUGAUCCCACCCUGCAUGAACGAAGCUGACCGCUUCAGCCUUGAGGCACUGAGGCACAUCCACAAGCAGCUGGACGAUGACAACGAUGGCGGCAUCGAGGUCAACGAGAGUGUCGAGUUCAUCAUCGAGGACAUGAAACAGCAACAAACGAACAAACACAGCAACCUGCACAGAGAGGACCAGCACAUUACUGUAGAGGAGCUGUGGAAAGGAUGGAAGACGUCUGAAGUUCAUAACUGGACGAUGGACGACGCAGUCCAGUGGCUGAAAGAAUCGGUAGAGCUUCCACAGUACGAAACAAACUUCAGAGAGUUCAGAGUUAAUGGCAAUACUCUACCUCGAAUAGCGGCAAAUGAACCUUCGUUUAUGUCAUCACAACUAAAGAUAUUAGAUCAACGACAUAAGCAGAAAUUAAAUUUGAAGGCGCUGGAUGCUGUGCUGUUUGGACCACCAUUACGGCCACAGCAUAACUGGUUGAAAGACUUUGUUCUCAUGGUUUCCAUCAUCAUCGGGGUUGGAGGCUGCUGGUUUGCCUACGUGCAAAACAAGUCCUCCAAAAUCCACAUCUCCCGCAUGAUGAAGGACCUGGAGAGCCUGCAGAGCGCUGAACAGAGCCUGAUGGAGUUGCAGACCAGACUGGAGAAGGCACAAGAGGAGAAUCGCACGGUGGCAGUGGAGAAGCAGAACCUGGAGCAGAAGAUGCGAGAUGAGAUCAAUGGUGCAAAGAGGGAAGCUUACAGACUGCGAGAGCUCCGCGAGGGAGCCGAGUGCGAACUCAGCCGACUCAAAUACGCUGAGGAGGAACUGGUGCAGGUCCGUGUGGCUUUAAAGCGAGCAGAGAAAGAGUUACAUUCAGAGCGGUCAGUUCCUGAAGCCUUACAGAUGUGGCUGCAGCUCACACAUGAGGUGGAGGUCCAAUACUACAAUAUUAAAAAACAGAAUGCUGAGCUACAGCUGACUGUUGCCAAGGAAGAGGCAGAGAAGAUAAAAAAGAAGAGAGGUUCUGUGUUUGGUACUCUCCAUGUAGCUCACAGUUCGUCACUGGAUGAGGUUGACCAUAAAAUACUUGAAGCCAAGAAGGCCCUGUCUGAGGUGACAGCAUGUCUGCGUGAGCGUCUCCAUCGCUGGCAGCAGAUUGAAAGACUGUGUGGGUUUCCUGUGGUGCAGAACUCGGGUCUGCCAAGCUUGAGUGCAUCACUCUACUCCGAGCACAGCUGGGUGGUGAUGCCACGUGUCUCAUUGCCCCCGUACCCCAUUGCAGGGGGAGUGGACGAUGUGGAUGAGGACACGCCCCCCAUUGUCACACAGUUUAACUCUCCACUGGCUCGUCCUCCUCUGCUGCGUAACAGCAGUUUGUGUCGCUCUCGGCGGAGUCUCCUUCCCCAUCAAGCUUCUCUUGUCUCAUCCGAUCCUGACUUGCUGUCUAUGGCUUCAGCACCAGGUGUCUACAGACCAGAGCCAGAUGAUGAACACAUUUUUUUCAGCGUUGACACGAAAAGAGACUCUCAGGACACAUGUUCAGAUUCGGACUCUCUAAGUUCUUCUGUGGGAAGGAAGCAGUUGUCCAGCUCCUGCACUCAAGGAGCAGAUACUCCGCAGCGGAAGAUCUCCCGAGAUGAGCUUCUCUUGUUGGCUCAGGAAGCUCAAGCCACUGCCUUGGAAGCCACCAUCUCAUCACCACCUCCAGCUUCAUCUUCCAUAGACCCCACCUCAAUCUGCAAGGGCUCUCCUGACCUCACCCGUUCUUCUACUAUCCCAGAAUCCCAGAGUUUGACCUUUCACCCUGCCAGUAAGGUGGCAGCUUAUAACGGCAUGCUGGAGAAGUCAUACAGUUUGGGCCAGUUGCCUGCUGGUGGGACGCCCCCAGAGGGACGUUACACUUCCCUAAGCUCUCUGGACAUGGAUGGAAAGACAAGCAAAGAAGCCAAACAGCUCCCGUCUUCCUCCAGUCCCCCAGACUCCUGCGACAACCCAGAGAAAAAGCGCUCAAAAAUCAAGAGCUUAUUCAAGAAGAGCAAAAAGCAAUGAAGGAAAGUAGAAGAAAAUUAGACGAAGACACAAAAAAAAAGCCUUAAAACAAAUAAAAAAUGUAAUGGACUGUCAACCAGAUGCCAAAAUGUUUAGUUCUAUUUUUCUUUCUUUUUUAUAUUUUAUUUUUAUUAAAACAGAAUGUAGCUCCGUCUAGGUGCUAUCCUGGAUUGGAAGCUUUUAUUGUCCGCUCGGACUGGCAUGUUGUCAUUCAACCAUCCAAAAUGGUCAAAAAAAAAUCAGUGGUCAUUUUGGUCAUUUCAAAAUGACUAAAGAACUGUGCACUUCUUUCUAUGUUGUGGUUUUAUGCUUGACUGUGAGAGUUGGAUCAUCAUAAAGCACCAAACAAAAAUGAACUAACAUGAGAUGUAAUAAAAAUCCAAGUUAUUCAAAGAAUAGCAUACUUUAUCGAAAUAUGUCAUCUCUACCGUUACCUACAUUUGAAAAGCUUGUCUGUGUAAGUAAUAAACCAAUAAAAGUCCUACUUUACAAAUUUAGUCAACUUUCAAAAUGCUAAUGAUGUAUAAAAAUGCUGUAUAUAAUAUACAGGGCAUGGCAUAAAUAUUUGCCUGCCUUGAACUUUUCCAUAUUUUCUAGUGUUACCACUUGGAACUGAUAUAGACAUAAUUGGGAUUAUAUGUCAUGAAUGUACACAAAAUAGUCCAUAAUACUGUAGUUUGGGGAAAAAAAUCUAUAUAGUUUGCAAAAUUAUGUACGGAUUAAAAUGAAAAUAUCCUAAACUUUGAACAUCCCAAACAGCAUCAUUAAGUACAUUAUUAAAAAAUGUAAGGAUAUGUCACAACUGCAACUUUGCCUAGAGGAUGCUGUCCAGUGGCUAGGUAGGCACGGCUACCGACAGAGAAGCAACCAAGAGGCCAAAGGAAACGCUCAACAUGAUGCUACCACCACCAUGCUUCACUCUGUGGAUGGAGUUCUCAGUGUUAGAUUUCCACUAAAAAUAGCACUUUGUGACAAGACUAAAAAUUUUGGUCUCAUCAGCACAGAGAAACGUUUAGUCUCCACAUGCCUUUUGGCAAACUUCAAACAGGAUGUCAUAUGGCUCACUACUCUUACAUAAAGCCCUUUUUUUGUAGAUUUCGGGGAUAUGGUUGUGACAGCUUCCCCUAUCUGAGCUGUUGAGCUCUCCAACUCUAUCAGAGUUACCCUUGGCCUCUUGGUUGAUUCUUUGACUAUUGCCCUCCUUAACCAGUUGCUGACAUUUGGUGGAUAACCUUUGAGUUUGCGAUCAUUUUUAUUUACCCUAACUAAUACUUUUCCAGAACAUUUUCUGGACUUGUGUUGAUAUUCCUUGGUCUUUAUGAUGCUGUUUCUUAUGAUGUACUUUACUGAAUCUGUGGCUUUCCAGGAACAGGUGUAUUUAAAUUGAUAUCAUAUGAUAAUUUAAUUGUACACAGCUGAACUCCAUUAAAGUAAUUAGGUGACUUCUAAAGGCAUUUGGUUUCACCAGACCUUAUUUUCCUUAUCAACAAGGUGAAUACUUAUGCAACUUUUAAAUUAUUUGUUUGUACAUAGUUUUGAAUUGAUUUUUGCCCCCAGUAAAAUAUUAUGGGGUAUUUUGUGUAGAUCCAUGAUAUAUUAUCCUAAUUGAGUCCAUUUGAAUACCAGGUUGUAGCAUUACCAAAUAUAGAAAAGUUCAGGAGGGCAAUGUAUGUGGCAUUGUCAUAAAUCCUGGUGCCUUUUGCCUAUCCACCUCAACAAUUGUCAACUGUUUCCUUCGUUGGUGGACUAAUAAUGAUAAACAUGAUGAAACAUUACUGAGUUUUUUUUUUCUUUUGGUUUUUUUGAUCAUAGUAGUGAUCAGUUUGGCUCUAGUGUUCUGGAUGAAAAACCAAAAAGAGCCCAUAAUUGUGAAGAUGUAGGGUUGAAUGUGGGCUUUCAGCUCUAUGUCAUUUCCUGUUUACUGAUGCCUCAGAGCCCCUGUACUUGACUAAUUACCUUUAAGGUAAAGAAAAAAAAGAAAAAAGAAAAAAAAGGGUAAGACAGAGGUAGCACUUAGUGUCAAGCAGACAUACAGUCAUAAUGCCUGAAUAAUACAGUCAUGAGCAUGAUGAGCGUAGGAUAUAUAAGUAAUAUUUAAGUAAAAAUGAAGGCCUCUUUGAUUUACACCAAAUCUUAUGACUCGUACAACAAAAUGUAUGUGUUGUAAAAUUGACUAUGUUAUCAAGGCAUAAUGACUGUUGCCGAUAAAGUGCUACCAAAAAUCCUGCUAAAGGUUGUUGCACUACUGCUUUCCUGAUUUGGAAAGGGCUGCUUUUUUGCAGAGUAACAGUAAGUUUAGAUACUUAGAAGAGAUGUGCUAAAAAAAAAAGUAAUACAUUGAUGGAGCCAAAAUGAUUUGAUGCACUUAGGACGCUUCUUAGCUUAUUUAUUCUUCAGUGCAUUCUUUAUUUUUUCCCAUGGCAAUGAUAUUUAGAAUGUUCAGAUAGAUUAAAAAAAUGCCGAACAUGCAUUUGUAAUGUGUGGAAGGACUGUAUUUUAUAUAUGCAUAUGCAAAUUUUAACAACCCAUUAAUAACACCUAUUCCGUGGACUGAAUGCUCUGUUUCAAGGGCCUAACCAUCACUGUGAUCACAAUCCUCAUCCUCACGCACUGUAAUACACAGCCUGGCACUAAAUGUAUGUUAUUUUGACAAACCUUAUCAGAGGCUUUUAUUUGAUUGUUAUUUAUAAAGUUUCUCAUGUAUGAGAGUCUGAGUCAUCCUGAAGCCAUCACUUAAUCAAGGACGCUGUACAAUCCUGUUGAAAAUCUAAAACAUGUUAAAUAUGUUUAACAUAACAUAACAGAAUUUAACAUAAAAGUGCACCAGACAAUGGGCAUCAAUAUGGGAAAUGUCUAUGGUAUGUAUGCUCCUACAUUAGUUAAACUGUUUUAUGUAAAAGAGGAAACCAGGGCUAAGUAGGUAUGAUCAUAGUGAAUUAUUUCUCAUGAUUUCAGAAGAAUAAAAAUUUGUAUAAGCUACCUUGUAUGACAAGUUAUGAAUGUUUAAGAUUACAGUGAAGGACAAGAUUUGUGGUUGUACCUUUUCUUACAUCGUUCGUAUAAAAUCCAACAAUAUCCUCACAAGUCUGCACAAUUCUUAUAAAUUUUUGAAUGAAAACGUGUUCAUUCAGCUACUGUCUUAUGCUUCAGCCCCUACAUACACACAUCCUAACACUACUAUCAUUGUCUAAAACAAUCUACACAUUUACACAGGAAGAGAGGGAAAUCCAGAGUAAGUCCACUUCAUUUCUCUGUUAGGUCAAAGCUUUAGAGUGGUGUUUCUCCAUCUUGUUCCUGCAGUAUGAAGCCACUUCACAUUUGAAUUUUUUCAGAGCUCUAAUGCACCCAUUUAGACUUUGAGUGCUUUUUAUAGGACUUUUAUUCAGUUUGUUAGAUUAUAAGAUGAAUCAGGUGUGUUGAGAGCAGGGAAAACACUAAAUUGUGCACUGCAGAGAUACUAGAGGGCCAGGAUUGGUGCUCCAUUGCAUCACCAUUGCAGCAGCAACCCUAUGGAGAUUUUCCAGUGGAGUUGCCUUCCGAAACACUGAGUUUGUAAUAUUAAGGUGGGAACUAAAGAUAUGAAUGAGGAUCAUUGAUAUUGCAUCGGUAUGCCACCAAGAUAGUCUUUCACCGCUGUUUUGUCUGCAUAUUCUGGAUAUUGUUAAGGACAUGCGGAAUGCAAUUUCCUAUCUUACUUAUAUUCAUUAUAGUUCUUAAAAAACUUGGUCCUCCUUCUCUGGUACAAUGCCUAAUUGAGUUCCGGAAAGUCCAGUGGUUCCCAAAUGUUUACAACUUGCAUCCUAUAGGACAGGACAGAACUGACCCUGAUAUUAAAAAUGCAAUUACAGACAAUUGUAACACAAUUGCACACUAAUAUAAACAGCCUGGAAUUCAGUUUCACAUCGUAUUAACAAGGGCAUGAUCUGCCCAAUCAGCUUUUCAUAAAACAUCGGAAAUCUGUACUGUAAAAAUAUCAAUGUUAAAGACAGUCAUACUAAAAUGGAGUAACAUAAAAUGAAAUGAUUUCAGAUAUGUUCAAAAAUGCAUACUCUCAUACUAACCAUUAGGCUGUGUCAAAACAGUGCGUUGCAAUUAGUAGUAAAAUGUAGCGUGCUGUUUUAGAUCUGUGGCAGCCAUUACACAGACCAUGACUAGGGCUUUGGCUGGCUUUUAGCAAUUAGGACACAUACUACUGCCAUUUAUCACAGUCUUAUUAUUAUUUUGUUAACACAGUGGAGAAGAAAGUAAUUCUAUAUUAUUUCCCAUGCACAGAGAUUUCAUAGUCCUAUAAAGUGGCAAACAAGACCCCUUUAAGCAUACUGUAAGAGUGCACUUAUAUUGGUUCCCCAUUUGGGAUAGAGCACAGGAUUAAAUAUGUGUGGAAAUGAUGCACACCCAGCAGCAGUCUUUAGGCUAAUUGGAUAAUGGCUCUUACUGAAAUAAACAGAACAAGUAAUGGACUUUAAUUUUCCUCUUCUACAAGGAGCUGAAAUAUUACCCAAAUUAAAUAAUAAAGCAAUGUUUACAGAAGACCUAAGUGUUAUUUAAAUGAAAUUUCACAUUAAAAAUUCAUGUGAAGCCACAGGUUUGUAGUUUCUUAGCAUUAUGCAGUAGCUUUGGCCAUUGAAUGAUUAACUGGAAUUCUGAUAUUUCUGUACCAAAUAUUUUUGGUUGAGCGAUAUUAGAUUGAACUCCCAAUUUCAGUGCCCACAUAUAUUGAUUAAUGAUAAUGAUAGAAAUGUCAUUUCCCACAAAUUUGCUGUGUGAAUAUUUGUAUACUGUACAAAGAUUUACUAAAAAUGUGGUUUAACUCUCAUCAAUAAAGAGCUAAGAUUUUGGACUAUU